GAUAACCUCUGUGCGGGAAACAUUUCGCUCGAGGUCAACCCUUCACCGGCUCACACCAUUGCUAAGGCUGUCGUUGUGGCUUUCUACCUGGGAUCCGGCGUGGGUCUUGUCAGAUUGGACUGGAUCGCCGCAACUCGGUCCAUGGUCUCGCCGCCUCGACCACCCAGAUUUUGGAUCAAGAUGAAAAAUGAAAGUUGAUAAAUACUGGAGUUCUGUCCCUACGGAUGGAAAUCUUCUCCACCAGUCUCAUCGCCCUCAUCUCCUUCCAAGCAUUUGACAGUUACAAAGGCGUCGCCACCCGUCUUGGCCAGCACUUGUCACUUGCACUGUUUCUCUUGGCUCUUUUCCCUGCAUAUCAUCUUCCAUCUCCGCCAUGGUCUCUUUCACUCUUCGCCAGUCUCUGGCCAUUGUCUUGGCUCUCGCUUCUGAUACCCUCGCCAAAGACUGGGACAGUCCCGCAUACACAUGGCUCUACGAGUUUCCUCUACCGAUUCCCCCUCCUAAGGAGGAACGAUACCCCAACCAGGCGAUCAUCAAUCCAGUGACUGGAAAGAAGAUCCGGUACUAUGAGGUUGAGGUCAAGGAGUUCACAGCCCAAGUCUACCCCAACCUCAAGCCUACAAACUUGGUUGGAUAUGAUGGCAUAGCGCCAGGACCAACCUUCCUCAUGGAGCGUGGCGAAGAGGCAGUCGUUCGCUUCAUCAACCACGCCAAGAUGGCCAGCUCCGUUCAUCUUCACGGCUCUCCUUCGCGCACACCUUGGGACGGUUGGGCUGAAGAUGUCUUCAACCCUGGCCAGUACAAAGACUACUACUAUCCCAACAACCAGAACGCCCGCACCCUCUGGUACCACGACCACGCCAUCGACCACACUGCCGAGAAUGCCUACUUUGGCCAGGCUGGCGCAUACAUCCUCCACGAUUCUGCUGAAGACUCUCUUGGCCUCCCCAGCGGUUACGGCGUCUACGACAUUCCUCUGAUUCUCUCUGCGAAACAAUACAAUUCCGAUGGUACUCUGUACUCGCCUGCCAACGAACAGACUAGCUUAUACGGCGAUGUUAUCCAUGUCAACGGACAGCCUUGGCCGUAUCUGAAGGUCGAACCCCGCAAGUACCGUUUCCGUCUUCUCGAUGCCGCCAUUUCCCGUACAUUCUUCCUCUACCUCGAAGAUCUCAAGGCCAACAGGGUCGAAUUCGAAGUCAUCUCCUCCGAUGCCGGCCUCUUGACGGGACCCCAGAAGGUCAAGGAUCUCUACAUCUCCAUGGCCGAGCGCUACGAGAUUGUCAUUGACUUCUCCAAGUACAAGGGCGAGAAUGUCACCAUGCGCAACACCAGAGGCUUCGCCGCGGAUGUGGACUAUCUGCACACCGACAAGGUUAUGCGCUUUGUAGUCAGCGACGAAUCGGUCAAUGACAAGUCCGAAGUCCCCUCCUCCCUCCGCGCCGUGCCGUUCCCCAAGGACAAGACCGGCGUUGACCAGCACUUCCUGUUCCACCGCACCGGCAGCGACUGGCGUAUUAAUGGUGUCAUCUUUGCUGAUGUGAACAACCGCGUCCUUGCCAAGCCUAAGCGGGGUACUGUUGAGGUUUGGGAGCUCGAGAACAGCUCCGGCGGCUGGAGCCACCCAAUCCACAUCCACCUCGUCGACUUCCGCGUCAUUAAGCGCGUCAACGGCCGCAGCAACACGGUUUUCCCGUACGAGUCUCAGGGUCUCAAGGAUGUUGUCUGGGUUGGACCCGGUGAGACUGUGACGGUCGAGGCUCACUACGCCCCCUGGCCCGGUGUGUACAUGUUCCACUGCCACAACCUCAUCCACGAGGACCAUGAGAUGAUGGCUGCCUUCAACGUCACCAAGCUCGAGGACCUUGGCUACGACGAGGAAGCCUUCGCCGACCCCAUGCAGUCGGAGUGGCGGUCCAAGAACGAGAACUCUGCUGCAUCUAGCUGGGACGCAAUCAAAUCCCGCGUCGAGAGCCGUCUGGAUGCUUACUGGGCCACCAAGACCAACGCGCCCUCCCCGAGCUCGACCCCCAGCUCGACACCCUCGACUCUGGUCGUGAGCACCACCACGAGCCCCGUGGUCACCUCUCCCGCUGUCACUUCUGCCAGCUCGACCAUCACCUCCAAGGCCACGACCACCAGCAAGUCUGAUGACGACGACAAGAAGAAGAAGACUUCGUCGACUAGCACCAGCACCACUUCGUCCAAGAAGAAGCGUGGAAUGCGCUUCCGCGGGGUAGACAUGGAGAUGCCCAAGCGCACUGCCGCGCCCCAGGCAUGAGAAUGAUUAAGUAAUUACCACGCAGGACGGAUUUUGAGGAUUCCAUUUGCACAUCUCUUCGCUUUACGACUUAAUGACACAACCCACGCUCCUUAUAGACCAUUAGAUAUCCUGUCCUUGAGCACAUCUAGACAUAUUCUUUCCC